AAGAGAUUCAUUUUGUCGCCUCUAAAGAAUAUAGCCAAAAAAGGUUACGAUCCUAUACCUGAUAUAUCCAGUUUCAGAUCAUCAAAUAUGUCGUUUGAUACUUCCAAGUACGGGGAGGAGGUUCAGAAGGUCUCCAAGGACACCCCGCUAGAGGCUAUUUUAUACUUACUCAAGCGUGAUGGCGGUGUCUUCGUGAAGAAUUUAAUCCCGGAAGAAGACGUUAAUAAGGCAUUCAGCGAGGUAAAGGAUCGCUUAGAGAGUGACAUGCAAUGGGACGGCAAGUUUUUUCCUGCCGAAACCCAAAGGGCUCCUUCACUGAUUGCACGAAGCCCAACGUACACGAAGACACAAGUCAUGAACCCCCUUUUCCGUAAGGUCUGCGAGCACUUUUUGGCUACCCGGAGCUGGUUCUGGUGGGGAGACGAGAAGAAAGAGUCCGUGUCAAAGCCCUACGUGCAUUCAUGUACAGCGAUGCGAAUUGGCCCUGGUGGUAAAGCACAACCAUUGCACCGCGAUGAUUACAUCGCUCAUCGCUAUCAUACAGAGAUCGACAAAUGGGAUGAUGCUCGUGACAUGGAUCGCGAGUCAGCCGUUGGACUAUUCGUCGCUGGUACAAGAAUUACCAAGGAGAAUGGCGGUACCCAGUUUAUACCUCGGAGCCACCUUUGGGGGACGGAUCGCGAUACUCCACCACGAGUUGAUCAAUGUAUCUUUGCUGAUAUGGAGAAAGGAGACGGAUUCAUUAUGCUGGCCUCUGCCUUCCAUGGUGGAGGUUCGAACGUCACAAAAGAUGAGUAUCGCCUGGCAUUUGCCACUUUCAUCACGCGUGGGUUCUUGCGUCAGGAGGAGAAUCAGUUCUUGGCUGUGCCGCAGGAUGUUGCGCGGAGCUACGACCGCGAGAUUCAGGAGUAUAUGGGGUAUUGUAUGAGCGAUCCGGCUUGUGGAUACUACGAACAACUGGACCCGAUUUAUCAUCUUCGGCCGGAGCUCCUGAAGGACACGAGACCCACUGACUUCUAAAGGACUUGCUUUGAACCUGGGUAAUUUUAGCUAUGGUGGGCAUUCUUUAAUGGAAACAGAUUAGCAAAGCCUUAGAACGUAUAUAUGGCGAUCUUAUGAAGAGCAUUUGUUCUCCGAUAUGAAGAUGAACAAUCAGCAAAAUUAAACAAAAAGAGUAUAGAAAUGUGGUCCUCCGAAUUCUGGGCAUGAUCGUUACAAGAUACAUACCCUUGCAUGAAUCGCCUCUCCAUAGGUUGGAAUGCAAACGCAAGAGCCAUCCCCCGCCUCAGGUACACGCGCUAUGACGUUUUCUGGACCAUCGGAACUCCACGGCUACGCAUGUUCUGGAUCCUGAGGGGGUCGGUUCUAGAGGAACAAGACGAUGAAU